AUGUCCAUUUCAUUUUGCAGAGAUCCAGUGGACUUGAUGUUCUUGGAACAUCAGUACAACCAGCACUUGCUCAGCCGAGCAGCUACGCCCAUGUUCUGGCCGUCAUCGCAGGACGGCGGCGUUCACCCCGGACAGCAGUCUGCGAUGGAACAGCACCACCAGCACCAACUGAACCAGCAACAACAUCAGCUGCAGCAGCAGCACCACCUCCACCACCAGCAACAACAGCAACAGCAGGAGCAAAGCAACGGCGGUGGCAAUUCGGGAUUCAUGUUGGCCGCCGCGGCCGCUGCUCGAGCUCAGUUUCACAUGUUGAACAACGCGGCGGCCGCGGCCGCGGCGUCCGGUGGCGGAAGGGCACAGUCGGGUGGCGACGGCAGCGGUGGCGCCGGUGGACCGGCUGCUCAGCACUACCAGCACUCGGCCGCAGCCGAUCAAUCACCUUCAAAAGCCGGUCUUUGCGUUCAACCCGUGUCUGGGAGCUGA